AUGCCAUCACUUUGGACGUACUGCUACCUGAAGGUCGUGGCAACCCUUUUGCGAACUGUGGUCGCUUUGGAGGGAUUCUUUGCAAAUCCACCCAAGCCCCGACCGACGGCCAUUCGACACAUCGCAUCGCGCGACGCGGGGCGGACCAUCAAAAUUCACGUGUAUCGUCCAAGUCAGGCGACAACGGGCCCCAGCCCUGUACUGAUCAACUUUCACGGCAGUGGAUUCUUACUGCCGAUGCAUGGCGGCGAUGAGGAAUUCUGUCAACUCGUUCGCCAGCAGACGCAGUACACCGUUCUGGAUGUGCGGUACCGCCUGGCCCCCGAGCACCCCUUCCCGGCGGCGCUGAAUGACGUCGAGGAUGCCAUCAACUAUGUGCUCGGACAGGAAGAUGAGUUCGAUCGAUCGCACAUUGCUCUCUCGGGCUUUAGUGCGGGGGGAAACCUGGCGCUGGCGGCCGCGGCGGUUCUCUUCCCCCCCAACACCUUCCGUGCUCUGUUGGCGUACUACCCAGUGCUUGACAUGGCCACCGAUGCAGCUCGCAAGGUGCCUCCAAACCUAGGUGGGAAGAGACCGGCGAUUCCCGUGCCCGUGUCUCGUUUCUUCAACCGCUGCUAUGUGCUCCCGGGUGUUGAUAAACGAGAUCCUCGGAUCUCGCCCAAAUACGCUGCUCUGGAUCGAUUCCCAACCCGCAUGUUGAUUAUCACGGCGGCGGCCGACUCGUUAGCUCUCGAAGCCGAGGAAAUAGCUCAGAAAAUUCAGGCGCUGCCAGAUCGAUAUGUGGUCAGUGAACGCAUGGCGGGAUGCAUCCACGCCUGGGACAAGCGUACGAAACCAAGAACUCCGGAGCGGGAGGCCCGCGAUCGGGCCUACGCCUUGGCCGUGGAUGUCUUGAACGAGGUUUGA